CCUCAGUCCUCAGUCCUCACUCCUCACUCCUCAGUCGCUUUCUACACUGUCGCCUGAGUGUAACCGUUGGAAACUGCUCUAGGAUGCCUGUUUUUCACGCCGUCGCCAGGGGUUUCACCCCUGGGGUUUACAAUACUUGGGAGGAAUGCGAAGUUCAGGUCAUUGGAUUUGAGGGAGCUAUGUUUCAGAAAUUUUCAACCAUGACUGAAGCCCAGAAAUAUGUACAAGAACAGGGUACCGUUAAUCCUGUCGUGGAUCGACGUUCUGAAAGCGAGAAGGCUGCGGAAAAGAAAGAUUCAAGCAAUGGUUCAGAAGCAAAGCCAGAAUCUAAGCCAGAAUCUUGCAGUGAUAGGGGGAAUGGCUCUUUGAGUCCAACCCUUCUACGGAUGAAGAAAGACAUUGAAAAGCUGCAGAAAGACUCGUCCGAUCUGAAAACAAAAUUUGAUCGGUACAUAACUGAUGAACAGACCAUUCAGGGUGCAUCAUCUGUAACUGGAAGCUUACACACAUCCUCUUCUACAGCUGAGAAAAGGAAGCACUCGAGCGAUGGAGAAGAGGAGACGGAGGACGGUUCCGAGAAGAAAAUGUUGGCUACGGACAAGUCGAAGUUUUCUACCGACAGUGAGGGCUACAUGAUUGUUUAUACGGACGGUGCCUAUCAAUUCAAUGGUCGACAUGGGGCAGGAGUAGGAGUGUUCUUUGGACAUGGCCACCCGUUGAAUGUUUCUGAACGAGUUCGUGGCAAGGCAACUGAUAAAAGGGCUGCAAUCCAGGCUGCUACAUAUGCAGUGGAACGUGCAAAAGCCUCAGGUUUCAAAGAAAUAGCAGUUCACACACAUUCAGAGUACGUGAUUAACUGCAUGACAUCAUGGUUGAAGGGCUGGAAGAAGAGGAAUUGGGUCAAGAGUGAUGGAGAGCCUGUCAAGAAUAAGGAUGAACUGAUUGCUUUGGAUAAAGCCUGUGAUGGGGUAGAUGUGGAGUGGGUUCACGUGAAGGGCCAUGAUGGUCAUGAGGAGGAGGCAAUGAGCUUGCAAGACAAGGAGCUAAACUAUAAGGCCGAGAACAACAAAGCUGACGACGACGACUAAGUUAGAAUCUCCUUUGUUAGUUCAAAGUUUCUUAACUCUUUAACGCCGAUUGGACAUAUUAAACGUCGACGAAAAUUGUCUGUCGGGUGCCGAACCGACGUAUGGUACGUCAACGAAAAAAGUUUUUUUUUUUAAAUUCGCGGAAAAAUAGUUAUAGGCCUACUAGGCAAAAACAUUUGAAUCACGCACCUUGGGGGAUGCUGGGAGCUCACGGAUCAAGUAGUGCAGCGGCCAUAGCAAACCAAUUGUGCAUUUUGUGAUGGAAGCACCAAACAUGGAGGAAUGAUCAAAUAUUAUAUGGGGAACAUUUUAAGGUA